AAACACAGAGCCGCUGCUAAAAGUCCCAGUCCUGUCAGUGUCAGAGAGUGGGAGAGAGGAAGGAAAGGUCUGUAUCCCUACUACUGUGUCCCGCACGCGACGCCAAAACCGACUCCACUUCCCACUACAAAAAAGUGCACACAACUUCUCCUUGACCACUGUUGGUUCUGCAGCGUUGCAUUCUAGGUAAACUUAGUCCUUACGGUUCAUUCCAGAUACAGCUCUGGCAGCGUUUCAGACCGGCUAGGUGUAGUCGAUGGCUUUUUUGGCAGUCACCGUAGCGGUAAUAACUAUCCCCAAAAGUUCUAGGUUUACGUUUGCGUUCUAGGAUUCGAAGCUUAAGACCGGGCGAGGGUUCUAGACUGGAUUCCGGAAUAGAUCUGAAUUUUAGAUAAGAAGAAAAAUAGAUUUUAAAAAAUGCAACGUGAAGGAUGUAGGAUGAGCGGAAGGGUGCAGGAGCCCGCGGCGGCCGGAAUGAUCACGUUAGAUGACCUGGACAACAUGACGGACGAGAUCGGGUCGGACUCGGCAUAUAACAGCAACGGGAGCGUCGAGGAAGAAGCCGAACCCAUGGAGGACGGAGAACAGGAUCGGCUACUCAACUACUGGCAAACCGUGGCAAGAGGACAUCAGGUCGAAGUGCCGAAUGAGAUGGCAGAACCAAUUCAACAGUUGACAAGAAAUGGCCGGACAGAGGAGCGGCAGACUGUGCCCUUCCUGCUAUUGAGCCGCAAAGAAAAGUGCGGUGAAGUGUUGUAUGAGAAGAGACAGUAUGGAAAAGCUAAAUGGGCCUGUAUAAAGAUGAGUGAAGAGCGGUACGAGCAGAGUAUAUGUAUGGGGUUCAUGAAGCUCAUGAGAUACAUCUGCGAACAAAACUCCUCAGGCACAUACCUGGGCAUGACCAUCCCGAUCCUGACAACAGUGCACACCGACGAAGCCAGGACCGGACUCACACGCUCCGUGACGGUGGCCUAUUACAUCCCAAACCAUCUUCAGGAUGAUCCACCCCAACCGACAGACACAGAGAUCAUCGUUGAGGAGUGGCCGGCUACCGUGGUCUUCUCUAGAGCAUUCACUGGCGUAACCAACGAAGAGUCCAUUAUACAUGAAAUCUCCUUGCUGGCCGAGAUGAUAGAGUCUCCGGACCUUUGCUUACAGGAUACGUUCAUCAUCGCGGGAUACACGAACCCGGCGGCGGCCAACAGACGGAACGAAAUCUGGUUCUUGGAGAGGCCUUAAUACUGUAAAAGGUGGAGUGUGCUCCUGAGCAAAUGAAGAGCUGGUGGCCCCGAUGGACAUGGUCAUCACAUGACUUCUGCUCCUCGUCAUGGUGGGGCGGCACUGAGCGGCGCGGUUACCAGUUUCCGGGGGGCUUUUUUCCUAGGACGUUUCGCCGCAGAAGUGCACGUGUAGACUUACCUGCAGUAGACAAUCGGGUUUGAUUAUUAUGCCCCGUUAGAUCGAUAUUAAAUCCCCGUAAGGGUUGUUAUGGUAACUGCACAUUCGCUUGUAUAGUCCUAAAUCCCGUCCGGAGGUGACCUGAAAUAAUCAGCGAUCCUUCACCUCCUAGCGGCAGUAAAUUAUGCCUUCUAUUAUUUACAGAUGAGACACGUUAAAGGGGUACUCCAGUUAAAAAAUUAAUUAAUAAAUAAAUACAUUUUAAUUAACUGGUGCCAGAAAGUUAAACCGUUUUGUAAAUUACUUCUAUUUUAAAAUCUUAAUCCUUCCAGUACUUAUCAGCUUUUCUAUACUCCACAGGAAGUUCUUUUCUUUUUGCAUUUCCUUUCUGUCUGACCACAGUGCUCUCUGCUGACACCUCUGUCCAUGUCAGG